GUACAAACUGUCGUCAUUGCCCAUCGCGCACUAUAAAUUUAGCUAGGGUUAAAGAAAUAUUGCGUUAAGCUUUUCAGCCGUGGCUCCAUGUAUGCCAAUGGUUUAAAUUGGCAUACCACCUGAAAGAAUCCUUCGAAAAUGUCUUUCUGGGGGAUUGAAGUAAAACCUGGAAGACCAGUGACUCAUUACUUUGAUCCGACGAGAGGAAGGCUUCGAAUUUCUCAGGCAACAUUGGGCAUUGGUGAUGGGGUAACGAGGAGCUUGGUUCAGUGCAAUGUGGGGAAUAAGACUCCUGUGCUUCUGUGUGCUUUGUUGCCUGACAAGACGGAGUCUUGCCAUUUGGAAUUGGAAUUUGAGGAGGCUGAUGAUGUGAUAUUUUCUGUUCUUGGACCAAGAAGUGUCCAUCUAACCGGUUACUAUGUUGGUAAGAGUUUGCAUAGAAAUGAAAACAGCGAUACAGAAUCAUAUGGGGAGGAUAUUGCCAACACAGACAAUGAAGUAUCCAAUCAGUGCAGUGAUGAAGAUGAUUAUGAUGAUAGCUUUAUCAACGACGAUGAUGAUCCAGUGGCUUUCCCAUCUUCGCCUGCUCCAAGUGAUGGUGAUGGUGAUGGUGAUGGUGAUGGUGAUGGUGAUGGUGAUGGAGAUGGAGAAGGCAAACAUCCAGAAAACAGAAAAGGCAACCGCAAAAGACUUAAGAAGAAACACAAAUUAGUAAUUGAAUCUGAAGAAGACAACAGUUCACAAGAAAGUGAAGAUGAAGACGAUUGUUACUUGUCUGCAUCUAUCAGUAAAAUACCUACAAAGAAAUACUAUGUAUUUGAGUCUGAAGAUGAUAACAAUGCACAUGAAAACAAAGGAGAAGAAAGUUGUCUCUUGUCUGCAUUUAAAAAUAAAACACAUGCAAAGGCAAGAUCUUCAAAAUGCAGAGAAAAGAGGGGUAAGGUAACAGAUGAUGAGGCUACUGGUCAGGCAGAAAAUGGUGGAAGUGGUGAAGAUGGUAGAGAGGAAAAUGUUGAUGCUGUGGAUAUGACAAGUAUGAGUAACAUUAGCAAGGAUCAAUUAAGUGGCAUAGACAAACUCAUUUUAGCACCAGAACAUGAUUCUGUGACUGGAAAGAUCGCAAUGCCUAGCAAGUGUGAAGAUGCAAAGUCUCCUGAGGUUGCUGUCAGUGACCAGGGGGACAUGUUCACAAGUCUUAAUGCGGAGCAACUCACUGAGUUUGACAAGGAGCACCAAGUUCAUGUUGGAACUGAGCACGUUCAGAAAGUUGCAAUUGACCUGAAUACUGUUGAUCAUUCUGAUUCUUUAGAACCCCCUACUGAAGAGCAGGUUGAAAAUAGUCCAAAAUUAACAAAAAAUGGAAGUGACAGAAUGGGACUGCAUGAAUGCAAAGGUUCCAGUCCUGGUGGUGCUGUUGAAGAGGUCAAGCAAGUUGCUGAGGCUACUGAUAUGGAUGAGGAUUUACUGGCAACAACUGAAAAUACCAAUGUGUUAACUAGCACCCAGAAUAUUGUUGAUGAUUCUGAUUCUUUAGAACCCGCUCCUGAAGUUAAAGAUGAAAAUGGCGCAAAAUCGAAGAAAAGGAAAAAAGGGAGUGAUGGAGUGAAGCUGAAUGAAUGCAAAGAUUCCUGUCCUGGUGAUGCUGUUGAAGAGGUCAAGCCAGUUGUGGCUACUGAUAUGGACACCGAUGUACUGGCAACAACUGAAGAUAACAAAGUGCUAUCUAGCAUCCAGAAUGUUGUUGAUAGUUCAGAUUCUUUAGAAACCCAUGCUGAAGAGCAAGCUGAAUGUGGUCCAAAAUUGAAGAAAAGGAAAAAAGGGAGUGAGGGAGUGAGGCUGAAUGAAUGCAAAGACUCUAGUACCAGUGAUUCUCUUGAAGAGGCCAAGCAGGUUGAUGAGGCUACUGAUAUUGACAAGGAUUUACCGGCAAUGACUGAAGAUAAUGAAGUGCUAACUAGCACCAGAAGUAUUGAUGUAAAUUCUGAUGAAGCUGAUGGAUGCCAACUUGAGAAGAAACAUAAGAAAAAGAAGAAAAAGAAGACCAAAGUUAAGGAUGCUGAAACUAACAGUAUGCUUGAGUCUGAUAGGACCACCGCAAAUGAAAUAUCUGCCAAAUCUCAGGACAUGGAUCUGAAUCCAGAGUCCUCUCAAGUGAGGACCUUGUCAAAUGGAUUGAUUAUUGAAGACCUAGCAAAGGGUAAAGAAGAUGGAAAAGUUGCUACUCCAGGAAGAAAGGUGAAAGUUUACUAUACUGGCAAGCUAAAGGAGAAUGGAUAUGUUUUUAGCUCCAAUGUUGGUGACACUCCUUACAAAUUUUGCCUAGGUGACGAACAAGUUCUCGAAGGAUGGAACAUUGGACUUGAAGGUAUGCGUGUUGGUGACAAAAGGAGACUUACCAUCCCUCCGGCAAUGGGAUUUGGCAGUGAAGGACUCGGGGAGGAUGUACCACCAAACUCAUGGUUGAUCUAUGACGUUGAAUUGGUUGGAAUCCGUGGAUGAUUUUGCUGCUUGGCUUGGUUUGGCUUUUCUGUCAAUUUUGUAUCAAAAACCCCCAACUGAAUUUUUUUCUUCAGGGUUUUGACGACUGCAAAAUCUAGUUACUUGCAAUGGUAAUUGUAUUCGGCAUGUUGAAAUUAGGGAAAAAGAAGGUUUAGUUAAUUAUUUAUGAGAACCAAUUGAGUGAUCAAAUGAAAUAAAAUAUUGAGGAAAA